GAGCCCCCGGGCGGCUCCCGGGGAGACCCCCCGCGCCGGGCGGGCCCGGGCGGCGGCCAUGCCAGUGCGUGCGGCCGGUGCUGAGUCAGGAAGAGGCAUCCCCAAAUCCCCCUCCGAGACCAUGGAGGAGCUGGAACACACCUGCCCACAGCCGCGCCUGACUCUGACUGCACCUGCUCCAUUCGCAGAUGAAACAAGCUGUCAGUGCCAAGCACCCCAUGAGAAGUUAACCAUUGCACAAGCCCGCCGGGGAACACCAGUUGACAGACCUGUCAGAGUGUAUGCAGAUGGAAUAUUUGACCUCUUCCACGCUGGCCAUGCUAGAGCUCUUAUGCAAGCCAAAACUCUAUUCCCAAAUAGCUACUUAUUAGUAGGAGUUUGCAGUGAUGAUUUAACUCAUAAAUUCAAAGGCUUCACUGUGAUGAAUGAAACUGAGCGAUAUGAAGCCCUCAGACACUGUCGUUAUGUGGAUGAGGUCAUCAGAGAUGCACCCUGGACACUGACACCUGAGUUCCUUGAAAAACAUAAGAUUGACUUCGUAGCACAUGAUGACAUCCCGUACUCUUCCGCUGGAUCGGAUGACGUCUACAAACACAUAAAGGAGGCAGGAAUGUUCGUGCCUACGCAGAGAACCGAAGGUAUCUCCACAUCGGACAUCAUCACUCGCAUCGUGCGGGACUACGACGUGUACGCGCGGCGCAACCUCCAGCGAGGGUACACUGCCAAGGAGCUGAACGUCAGCUUCAUCAAUGAGAAGAAAUAUCGCUUUCAAAACCAAGUGGACAAAAUGAAAGAAAAAGUCAAGAAUGUGGAGGAAAAGUCAAAAGAAUUUGUUUACAAGGUGGAAGAGAAGAGCCAUGACCUGAUUCAGAAAUGGGAAGAAAAGUCCAGGGAAUUUAUUGGCAACUUUUUAGAGCUGUUUGGACCUGAUGGAGCUUGGAAGCAGAUGUUCCAGGAACGAAGCGGCCGAAUGCUCCAGGCUUUUUCUCCCCGGCAGAGCCCAAACAGCAGUCCUACACGAGGCCGCUCUCCGUCCCGUUCUCCAUCUCCACCUUGGGUCAUCAAUAAGACCUCCCCUCCCUCUUCUCCAAAAGCUGCCUCUGCCUCCCUCAGCAGCAUGAGCGAGGGAGAUGAGGAUGAAAAAUAAAAUAUAUAUUUUUUUAACCAUGAGACAGAAGAACAAGCUAUGAACUCAACCACUGGAUGGGGAGAAGCGUGAGGAACACCAGGGGUAUCUCUGACAGCAGGGAUCGUGCUCUGGGAGAUGUCAAAAAUGAACUGGAGCACAGCAAGGGAGAUCUCAGGAAGAGCUUAUCCCAUCCCCACUCCCUCACGCUGCUGGAGCCCAGCCAGCAGCACUUGCCAGGCACAGCUCCGGGGACUGACAGAAAACCACACCCCUGUGCAAGUUCCUGCCCCUGCCUUGCUGCUUUCCAGCUGCUGCUCCAGGCCAGGCCCGUGGGAGCUCUGCACCGAGGGGACUGGCAGGAGGAGCCCAGCUGGCUCCUGAUCCAGACCCAGCACACAGGGAAGUGCUGGCUGCAGCCUGCAGAGAGAGAAGAUACAGUUGUACCCUGCUGACCUUGAGCUCUUCUGGCACGUGAAGGAAUGGCAUUGCUGCAGCAAAUAUGUUGAGAAACUGGGAAUAAAGUUGGGUUUUUUUUCUUUUUGAAUAACAUCUGCCCCAGAGCCCAGAUCAUGCACUGAAAUGAAGAGCUCUCCAGACAAGUUGAUGGAAAUCCAUUUAACACAUUCAGUGCUGCUUGUUGACCAAGCCUCUGUGUGGGGUGUACGUAAGGAGUCGGGCUUUUUGCUUUAUCAAAUCACUCUCUGUGUUCCUAGUGCCUGAACAGCUGCCUAAUCACUUCUGGUUUGCUCCCUGGCUUUGCACUUGGAAGGCAAGAAAGUAAAUGAAAAGACAGCCAGAGCUGGAAUGUGGUGGUAUAGGAAAUAACACAGUUUGAAGAUGCUGAUGGUUUUUACUGGUGAAUUAUAAAAAUAUCCCAAGGCCUUUGGAUGUGGCCUCCUAGGAAAACCUGCUGCUCCCUGCUAUGUAUCAGCAAAUGACAAACAGUGCUGUUGUCACGUGGUACUGCCAGUACAAACUUCUCAUCAAACUCUAAACAAGAUAUGUUCACAGACACAAAGCCCCUGCAGAGCAUCCCAAGGCUAUUCCUCUACACUAAUACAGAGAAAAAAAAUUUAAAAAAAAACAAAGGAAACUUUUUGAACAGGAUUAGGCACAACUAUUUUCUUUCUCUGUCCAUGACACACGUACAGCCUCAAGCAGAAACCCUGGUGAAGCUCUCCCCUCAAUGCUGAUCUUCCUAGUUAGCAAAGCCAGUCCUGCCUGACGUCUGGUUCCAUGUUCAGUCCCUCAGCUGACACCUGCUGGGGCGGCUGCAGGAUUCCUGAGCCCUGGGGCUGCUCUGCCCCACAGCUGCAGGUACCCCCAGCACUGUGGUGGGGCUGUGCCGCUGAUGCCAUUUGGCUCCCAGGCUUGCCUGCAUAGCGCACAGGCACGUCUGAGCUCUCCAGCCCAGCAGCAGCUUUGGGGCCAGGCCAGCAGGUAAAGGCUGCCACUGUCCCCGUGUCACAGGCAGCCUGCUUGGCACGGCCUCAGGCAGCCCCAGCAGCACGCCUGUGCCACCACUGCCGGCAACUGCAAACCCAGCAGGACGUGCUGGCUGCCGUGGGCAGCACCAGUCAGCAUUUGCUGGUUCCCUGCACAGGCAGCACAGGAAAUGCUGGAGGAGGGAGGGCUUCACGUCUCUCAUGGAAAAAAAACUGAGGGACUGAGAUGCCUGAGGAAGUGAGGUGGUUGUGCUUGCUGGCAGCAGCACCCCCUGGCUGCUGUCCUUGCCUCCCUGGGUGACCUGGUUGGCAGGUAGACACCUUUCCAGAUACUCUUCUGGGCAAGUAAGUUACAGACCUUGGUACGAGGCACCAAAUUAGCCCCACACUCUGCUCACUUCCUACAGCUUUCACCCCUCCUCCACUACCAGGUAACUGAUUUUCUUUGGCAACAUUUUGCCAGACACUUCUCAGACCACCACAAGACCAAGUACACAGCAUCUCAUGCACUUUGUCCUCUGGAGUCAAGCUAGUUCCUUCACAGAGCUGCAAAAACAGGUGAGCAGGAAAUAGGGAAUGUGCAAAGGGACAGCCACAGAUCUUUCAGCUGCCACCAGCUGUGUGCCUGAUGGGAUGAUGCAAUUAAGACCUUUCUCAGCCUUAGGCAACCUGUUACUGUAAUUUCAUACCUGGGAUGCACUUGUUAGUUUUUCUGAUCCUUUGCAAGUCUUAAGUCUUCCCAUCACAAACCACUCCUCCACCACAGGAACUGUUUGCUUCUACUGGUGCUGUUGAUAGAUGAGCCAUAUCCAAAUGCAAUGGAGGUGGGCAAGGGUUUGUUGUUCUUGGCUUUUACCAUUGUUUUUUGUUCAUUUUACUCACUUACUGUUCAGCAGCCCUUGCUCGGUGGUUUAAAUGGAGACAGCACUUGUACAUGGGAACUAGAGAAAAACUCACCAGUGACCUGUUCUUAACAGAAGCUGUUUCUCAGGGUCACAGGUGGCUACCCAGCAAAAAAAGCCAUAUUCUCUACCAGGUGUCUCGUUUGCAUUUAGGGUAUCAGUAAGCUGAAGCCUUUGUCCUGCUGGUACAUUCACGUGCUGUCUUCUGCAAACCAGAAGCUCAUGGUGUCUGGACACAUGGAAGGCAAUUUUGCACUUCUGAGUCAUGGUUGGGUUUUCCUUUUCACAAGUAUUGCUAUAAUUUAGUCCUAUCUAUCAGCCAAGCUCCACAUGAACAAUAAAGUGUAUGACAGACACAGCUGCCUCUCCCCUUCAUUUUACAGCAUCUUUGGACACGUGAACACAACCUGCAGAGGAAACCCCAGUGAUGGCACAGUGCCUGUCAUCCCCAUCCUUGGUAGCCCGGGGCUUCACGCCCCCACAAAGCCACGAGAGCAGCUCUGCCAACAUGCCCAAAAGGCUGCUGCUCUCUGCACUAACAGGAUCACCUCUCCUUGCCUUUACCUUGCAGCCAGAAAAGUGUGGGUGAAGGUGAGGAAGUGCUUGUCCCAGCUGGAAAGGUGCAUUAGACAUCAGCAGUCUGAUACCUUCUUUACCCUGCCCCAGCACAGUGGAAUCAGGAAGCAAUAUUUUAAUUCUUACUUCAAAGUGGAAGAAAGAAACGGUGCUUUUGCAGCCAUUCUGAUUCCACUGCUGAAAACCAUCCCCAGCAACAACUCAGUUGCUCUCGUGGGUGCCAAGAUGAUGUAUGGCUGUGCCUGAUGGAAAACAGCAGCAGCAAACAUGAGCCACAGGGACAAAUCCUGACUCUGGCUUUUGGGCUUGACUCUUCCCUGAACCAAGUCAGUCUGGUGUCCAAAUAUUCCUGCUUUGCUCUUUCCCGUUUGUCCCUUCUGUAAGAAGUCAGUACCUGCAGAAGCUCUAAAGAUUAUUUAUUCAACAAUCCUGCCUCAGGCAGGGGAGAAGCUGAAACAGCAAAUGGAAGCUCAGGACUUCCUAGCCAAGACAUUUUUAAUUACAGAAUAAGCAAAUUUCAAAGUCAUUGAGCAUAAGAGAAAAACUAUUUAAUGGCACAAAGUCCACACCAAAAUGCUCCCAGAUACUGCAAGGUCCCCUGUAUCACCUGAGAUUGGAUUGGGGUCUGUUUUCAGCAGUGCCUUGGUACCACUUGGGAGAUGCAUAAGGAACAUCCUUGGCAGUGAGCUUAGGUGUGCAGCCCAGCCCAGAGGGGACCUUUGUUUUGGUUGGUGGCAAAUCCCUCAGGAACAAGGCAGUCCCUGAACCAACACCAGAGCUGUCAGCUCAGCAGGAAGGAAGGUUUGAUGCUACAGUGAAUUUGCUUGUAAAAGGGUACCAAACCAUCAUGGAAAGCCUCCUGUGUGACAGCACAUAACUCCCUGACCUUCUCAUAAAACAGAGCUGAAAGUGAGGCAGAAAAUGGAGCCAGGACUUUUCCUCUUGCAUGGAGACCCUUUCAAGUACCAAACCAUCCUAAGAACUCCUCUUUUGAUUGGAUUUUGACAAGAGCUCCCUUUCCUCUCAAAACCCAGCGUGUGUUCCACAAGCACACACACACACGUGUUUUCUGUCCUUUUCUUUCCAAAGGGAAGGCCCUUUCCUAGUGUUAGGAAGGGCAGCAUUAACAUUUCUAAUCCAAAUGGAAAUCAAUGCCACUGCCUCAUGGCUCUUCCUGAGGGGAGAAGAGACUGAUACAGACUGAAAUAAAAAUAACUGAAAGCCUUUGGAUGUGCACUUUCACUGUGCUAAGUGGGGAGUGUGGGACUGACUCCAAUAAAAACUGAGGUGCUUCCCAGGACAAGCGCGUUUGCCAGAGCUCCCAGCGGAAUGCAGCAGGCUCCCAUGUUACAACAGUUCCUCAAAUAUGACACCUGACACCUGCCCCAGCAGUCAUGGCCAGUUCAAACAGUUCUUUCACACCUGGUAUCUCCAUCUCCUUCUAUAUACUCUUCAAUGGCAUCAAUCCCUGCUUCAACAAGGAAUGGGGAACUGCAAGUUCUGAGCCAGGUGAGGCAGUUCUGCCUUUCACAAAAAUACAAUUUAAUUUUUUUAAUGAUUAACAGGAUUAACCAAUACAAAAAUGUUCCAUUAUCUCAAUUAUUCCUGUGCCUAAGCACAUGACAGCAGGAACACUCAAAGGGAAAAUCCUCCCUGGUGGCACCAACCAGGCUGCAUGUGCACAUCAAAUCUCACACAUAUUCAGAUUCUAGAAACAGAAUAAAUUCUUUGACAGAAUAAAUUAU